UCACUUUCGUUUGGGAAUGGAAAGGAACUAGCUAGUCUAGUCAACGCUUCUCUCCCUUUUUUCUUUUUACCGAAUUAAUUAGUCGCAGCAACGCGGUUUUCUUUGGAUACAAGGUUUCUGAUGUAACAACUGGGUUGGGGUGACAUUGUUCACUUUUGCCUUUGUUCAUUGAACUCCUCUUCUUCUGCUUCUUUCUUCUUCUUGUUCUUCUGCUUCAUGGAACACAUAUGGAGUCAUUUGCGUUGUCUUCCGCUAGAUAAAAUGGUUGGCUUUGUUGAACAUCAUAUAUACCCUAUCAAUAAUGAGGAGAAGGGUCAGCGAGAUUUGCGUCGUCUUCUGCUAGGUAAAAUGGUUGGCUUUGUUGAACAUCAUUUAUACCCUAUCAAUAACGAGGUGGGCAAAGGUUUGUCCCUAGACGCCCAAGUUCAAAAGUUGGCUUCUCAGCAUUGGAUUGAAGCUAUUGUUCCCGAGGGCGAUUUGAUGGGAGCUACAGAUCCAGAAUUAACCGUGCAACGCAUGUCAUCUUAUGCGAUUUCUGCAAGCAUAUUUCUUUGGAUUUUCUUGAUAUACAGCCAGACGCUACUGGCAAAGUAUUUGGCCACAAAAGCAAGAGUCUCCAUUUUCAUAGCUGUUGACAUGCUUGGAUUGUUAAGUUUCAUGGUGCUUGCUUGGGCUGUGGGUGUUAAGAUUCUUGUUGGUGGAAAACUCUCUCGCAUGAACUGUAGUAUGUUCCUCCUUUGGGCCAUUCUUAAGCUUUUCAAAUCAGAUAACUCGAUUGAUGCGGUUUACCUUCCAAUACUCGGAAUAUUCUUCAUCGGGUGGCAUGCAAUGUCCUCACUGGACACCAAAUACCAAAACUGUUGAACACGUGUUGAGUUCUCUUGAUCUGUGUUUGCAUAUGCCUCAGCAUUCGAACAUAUGUUAUCUAGGGUGCGCCUCUCCUUUGAUAUAGUGUGUGGUAUGAGGCAUAUGCCGCAGCUCUUUUAGAUAUAUAUCAAAUAGAAAUAAAUUUCUCACUAGAGAAUGCUUUUCUUUUGUUUCAUAUUAAGCAUGCGAGGAUGCUUGCUUGUACUUAUCGUGUUUGUAAUUUGAAGGUGUGUGAUAUAUAUUGUAUUGCUGUUGGAACUUACCAUUCAGCAGUAGGAUUCUACCCAACUUUGGGGGCGUAAUUAUUCUACGAAUGAAAUAUCCUAUGCUUAAUUAUUCAAUAGAAA